CUUCUUGUCAGCCCUAUACAAUGUCCUAGGGAGUAGGAAACAACCCCUGAGCAGCAGCUAGUGCCUUGCAAUUGGAGCAACCAAGAGGCCCCAGUUGCCCAAGCCUUCCUCCCUCCAUCAUCAUCUGCCCUGGGAUUUUUCUGUUGUCACCUCCAAGCCCAUCCCGCCUGCUCCCUGGACGGCUGCUGGGAGGGAGCAAGCUCUUCUGGGUGCUGCUAUGCUCCCCAUCUCCUCGAGGGUCUGACAAGAGGAAGGAUCCUCCUCCUCGUUUCCCUUUUCCUAGCAAGAGGCAGCCUUUGGGACUCAUUGAUGCACCCAUUUCAGUGGUGUAACGGAUGCUUCUGCAGUUUGGGGCUGAUUUAUACCAAUAAAUCGUGCACAAUGCCUCCGAUCACCUUCCAGGACCUGCCUCUGAACAUCUACAUGGUCAUUUUCGGCACUGGCAUCUUCGUCUUUGUGCUCAGCCUCAUCUUCUGCUGCUACUUCAUCAGCAAACUUCGUCAUCAGGCCCAGAGCGAGAGAUUUGGAUACAAGGAGGUGGUUUUGAAGGGUGAUGCCAAGAAGUUAAACUUGCAAGGGCAGACCUGUGCCGUCUGCCUGGAAGAUUUUAAAGUGAAAGAUGAGCUGGGAGUGUUGCCAUGCCAACAUGCCUUCCACAGAAAGUGUCUUGUGAAAUGGCUGGAAGUGCGCUGCGUGUGCCCGAUGUGCAACAAACCUAUUGCAGGCUCCACAGAGCCCCACCAAGGCAUCGGGACCCUCCUGGAUGAGCUGGUGUGAGGGCUCCUCUUCUCCCCGCCAAAGCCAAAGCCAAAGCCAAAGCCAGCAGAGCAUUUUCUGGCGAUCGCUGCACUCGAACCCCACCACCGCAUGGAUGACUGAGCAGCCCGCAACAGGCCCCUCUGAGUGCUUGGGGACAGACAUCUGCCAUGCACACAGGAGGAAAGCAAGCCCGACUGGCCUUUCACCUCCAGUGCUGAAGUUGGAAGACCCCCCUCCACCCCUCACAUUUACACUGAGGAGGGGUUGUCUCGGUAUUGGGAUUGCUGGGGCCUAAGCAUCAUGAACUCUGAUGCACAAAGGGCCUGGGAGUCUAAACCUUCCUGGUGCUUGUUGCUGGCACCGAGUCCUUUGCAUCAGGCUUCUGAAACAGGACGUUUCCCUGAGAAACCACCGAGCUGGAAAUGUCAAGUGGGCCGGGAGCCUCCCUCACCCCAUCGAAUUAUAGCUUAGACCUAGGUGCUUGGAGCCCCCCCAUCACUUUGGGGCUAAGCAGGCUAGAUAUAGCCCACUUGUAACACCAGAAGCGACUCUGGGGGCCCUAACCUCUUCCAUCGGACUCCUUUUAAAGGGUCAAAGCAUGGCUAUAGCCAGACAGAGACCAUCCUUGCACUGAUUCUUCUCUCCAGCCCAACAAUGAGUGGUUUGGUCAUUUCCAAGAAUAGCCAGCGUGUAUGCAUGGGCGAAAACACAAAAGCUGCAGAGGGCAUUUCAUGCUAGAUGGAUACAAGGAUGUGAGGGGCAUUUAGAGGCUCACAUUCAGCCCUGGGUGCUUGCUUGGGGUGAGGGAGUGAGGAACUUUCCCCUUUGGUGGCAGCAAGGGGCAAUGGUUUUGGUGGGGUGGAAAGGGAGAACAGCUCACAUAGAGAGUGCUGGUUUUUCGUAAGGAGGGAAGGGGUUAAAUCAGCUGUGGGUUUUCCUGCUCAGAGACUGCACAGAUCAAGAAAAGUGCUCUGAGAUCAUUCUGUUUGCAUAUUGAAAGUGCAGCCUUGCAAGGUGGAAAGGGUGAAGUGAGAGAGAGAGAGAAGAACCAUUGAUGUAGGUAAAAUCUAGUCCUGAUCCCCCCCCAACCUCCAUUUCCUGUUUCACUGUAAAUAGUAUUUUUGUAUGUAAUACUUUCCUAAUUGUCUCAGGCUUUCUACGCACCCCGGAGGGUGGGGGUUGUACAGUUUUAUGUAAAACAAUAAUUAAACUGAAGUCAUUUCAGUC